GGAACAGAGAAAAAAAACCCAGUCCAAUCGAAAAAGUAAAAUCCUGGCCCUAUCAUUGUAAACCCAAAAAAAUCUAGCCCAAAUCCAGGAAUUGGGAAUAUAGGUCCAAAAACAAAUUCUAAUUGCCAGCUCUUAAUCCGCCAAAACACCGUCAAUUCCCAGCGAAAAUAGCACGAUCGAUAUUUUUAAUCUAUCAACUACCACUCUGCCGCUUACAAUUUUCACCGCGGCGGAGGAGUUAAUAGACGAAACGCCACCAACUCGAAACCCUCACGGGCAAAAAAAAAAAAAAAAUGAGCGAAGAAGGGAAAAAUAGAGGCGUAACUUCCAACCCUCAAAGUCAAUAUCGAUACGGCACGUUUCAAGGCGUAGCCAACUACUACCCUCCUUUCCCUCUACAACCGCCUCAGCCGUUUGUUGGCUUCCCUCAGCCGGUUCCUCCGCCGGGCUCCGCUAACCCCUAUGUCCAUGGCUACCAGACGGUUACAGGGUAUCCUGCUGUAGAAGCAACGCCUUUGAGGCGACGUCGCCUUCCUGUUUGUGGGCUUGGAAUGGGCUGGUUAUUGUUUUUCCUUGGCUUCUUCUUUGGUGGCAUUCCCUGGUACAUUGGAACAUUCAUUCUACUCUGUGUCCAAGUGGAUUAUAGAGAAAAAGCGGGAUACCUCGCAUGUGCAGUUGCUUAUCACCAGUACCAGGUUGUUGGGAGGGCUCUCCCAACGGAGAGCGAUGAGCACCCCAAGAUCUACAGGAUGAAGCUGUGGGCCACCAAUGAGGUUCGGGCCAAGUCCAAGUUCUGGUACUUCUUGAGGAAGCUGAAGAAGGUUAAGAAGAGCAAUGGUCAAGUCCUUGCCAUCAAUGAGAUUUUUGAGAAGAAUCCAACCAAGAUUAAGAAUUAUGGUAUUUGGCUUCGCUAUCAAAGUCGUACUGGUUAUCAUAACAUGUACAAGGAAUACCGUGACACUACUUUGAAUGGAGCUGUUGAGCAGAUGUACAACGAGAUGGCUUCUCGGCAUAGGGUCAGGUUCCCUUGCAUCCAGAUUAUCAAGACUGCAACCAUCCCUGCUAAACUAUGCAAGAGGGAUAGCACCAAGCAGUUCCACAACUCCAAAAUCAAGUUCCCCUUGGUGUUCAAGAAGGUGAGGCCACCUACCAGGAAGCUGAAGACAACCUACAAGGCAUCAAGGCCCAACUUGUUUAUGUAAUUUCUCCCAUUUCAUAAAGGAGAGAGUUAAAAUGGUUCUAAUUCUGAAAUUUUUGGUAGUGCACUUCUAUCAGUUUGUUUAUCGGAUAUUGUUUUUAUUUGAGAAGCCUAGGCUGUCAGACAGGUUGAACUUGGUUCUUUUGGGUUUCAAUAUCUCAUUUUCAUUACUUAUAAAAGCUGGUAUGGUAUGUGAUUGUCGUCUC